AUGGCCGUCGCGUUAGCGGCCGUAGUCGCCGUACUCGUCGUCGAGUUCGGGCGUGCCGUGGAUACUGUCAAAAAAUGCGAGGACGGCAAAACGUGCGAUAAAACCGCCGGUGUUGUCCGUUAUGACGUGUCCGGCAAUGAUAACGGGUUGGCUCUUAAGGAAAUAGUGGUUAUUGAUACAACACCUCUAAACGUGACGGACGAUCCGACCACGACCGGUAUGGCAACCAGUACUUCCAUAGUUACCGUCAAAACUUCCGCAAGCACCCUUAAAACUACUAUUGGUAUUACCACUAAAACUUCAGUGAGCACUCCCAAAACUACUACCGUCACCGCUAGAACUACGGUCGCUACUACCACGAACAAUACCAGUGGCCCUACCAAAACUACUACAGGUACCACCAAUAACAUCACAGUAAUCAGCACCACGAACAAUACCAGUGGCCCUACCAAAACUACUGCAGGUAGCACCAAUAAAACUACAGUCAUCAGCACCACUACCGUUGCUACCAGCGCUACUACAGAAACGAUUGGCGAGACAUUAACGAACAAUGGCGAAGGUGGAAAGUUACGUUUUGUUCCCAAUAAAUACUGUUAUUGCGAUAUAAUCGUGAGUUUAAUAUAAUAAUAAUGAUUCAGUUUUUUUGUUACAUUUUUUAUCUAUCGGGAUGAUACUUACAUUUUGUUCGCAGUACGGCGGCUGUGAUAUCAAUUGUUGUUGCGAUACCGAUUGUUUGAGUCAUGAUUUGAAGACGUUCACUUUGUGUGCUGAUCAGGUGCAAUUUAAUCUGAUAAGACCAGAAUCUAUUUUAUUCGAUUCGUCGUUAUUUUAUGUGGUAGUCGACAACGUGCCGUCCGAUUAUUUUUAUCCAGAAAGAGCCGUAUGUAUAAUACCUACCUAUAAUACCUACUCAUUUCUUUUUAUUCCGGUAAAUCGAUUUUGCACAGGUUAUCCAAUCCGAAUCGCAAGUCGCGAUUUUGUUGCGGAACACAGACGUGUUUACUUGGCACGAUAACGAAAAAAAGAACAGACCUCCUUCUGAUCCCGCUUCUCCACUAGGUGAACUCGUAUACAACAACUACGACCUUACUUUCAAGUCUCUGCGUUGGAUGUAUACCGUCGGUUCCGACGUCAACACUUCGGAAAUCAAAACGUUCAGUUAGUGUUUAUACGCGUUACUUUAUAUUGUCAAUAAUAAAUUGUUAUUAGAUAGGAAAAUUAUUUUUUUAAAUUUUUAUUUAACCCUUGUAGGUUUGAAAAAUAGCGCAUUCAAUUCGCUUUGUGCUGUCGAACAACCUGUUGAAUAUUUAAUGUCGAAAGAGACGCGCUGUCAGAUGUUCGUAUCAAAUUUGAUGGACGCUUGCAACGGUAAUUCUUCAUUGAGUUUCAAGAGAUAUUAUGGUAAAAAUGGACUUUUCAAAGUAGUGCAACCAAUCUACAGUAACAUCCAUAAAACUGAGGUAAUGAUAAUAUUAUUUUUUAAUCUUCUUCAUCUUCUUCGCUGGCAUCUAUAAUUCUCUCAGACUUUUUGUCACCAUCAUCACUAAUACACCUCUCCAUAACUUAAAUUAUUCCUCACAUUUUGGUACUCAAAUUAUAUAGAGCAUUAAGCUUCUACGUCUUCUCAGUUCUCACGUAAUUUGCCUCGAGGUCUCUUAUCUUUCAGUUUCUAUUUCAAGAUUACUUUGAUAACCUUCGAGGCCGUUUCUGGAUACAUUUCUAAGGAAAGAGGGAAGAUUAUAAUCUUAAUAAUUAGAAUUUAUCUUGAAAAUAAUUAACAAUGCAUGCGGAAUCCCCAAACCCCCUUUAGAUGGUAUUAAUGACUUAACAUCCUUUCCUUUUCACUAUUUGUCCCAGCCAAUGAAUUUGUUUGCCUUUUUUUCAAAUAAAUAGUAACUGACGUUAAAUCCAUUUAUCUUGCAGUUUUUUUUAUUAAAAUUCCAUUCAAAAUUUUCUCCAAAAAAACAAAAUCAAGAUUAUAUACAAUAAUAAUUAAAUGGACUCUCUCAUUUGAAUGUAAAGUUUUUGAAACGACAAUAAGCGUAUAAUGAGGAUGAAAAUCUUUGAGAACAAAACACAAUAUUAUGGAGGAUGAUAUGUUAACAAGAUCGUCACAUUAAGAUACAUUUUCCUUUCUAUCCCAGUAGAAUAGGCAUUUUAGUACACCAGCUAUAGUCAAAAAAAAAAAAUAAUAAAUGUAUUUUUUUGAAGGAUUAUUCGUUAAUUCCUAAAUUAUUACAGAAAAUUGGUUUGACAACCAUCCAGGCUACAGUGCACCACCGCUGUGUUUCGGUAAACGGUACUCCGUACGACUGUCGUGUACUCAAAACUGGUAGUAAUAAUGGUUCCGACCCUUAUCGCCAUCCCGUUUACUCGGCUGGUGUUUGCCGGCGAGUCAUUGAAACGGUCGAGUACAGUAUCACACACAACGGGACCAGUGGUGUUCGUGGGGUGGACAUAAACUUUUACCACCGGGACGUACCGGACUCCGGACGACCCGUUUAUUUGGAUCAGAAGUUCAGCGUGCGAUUCGUCUGGGUCAAUCGAUUGAUGACGGACCAGUACGAACGGAGCGGUAAGCCCGGUUACGCCGUCGGAAACCCGAUACUAGUAACCGCUACCAUCGGUGACAUGGAUCCUACGAAUCGUAGUCGCCAUCGUCCGAAAGCGUUUGAUUUUCCCAGAUCGGGUGUACAUGGGAUGUGCAACGUUAACUCCUCCAAACCGUGGCGGCAACCAGUGAAAUUUCUCGAAAAUGUCAGUAUUCAGUGUCGCGUUUCGGUUGGGGUGCGACGUUGGUCAAACGGAACCGAGGAGUCCAGGGCCACCAGUACUGGCGCCUACUCCCGCCAGACGGAAAUCUGCCAAAACAUACAAAAUGAAGUAAGAAACACACAUCCACAACACGUUUUUCUAACGAAAAUGUUUUUAAUAAUAAUCUGUGUACAGAUCUGGAUGUUGGGUACUGAAUAAGACAUGAAGUGCUUCCUUAUUCCCGUUAUUUUCUAUCUAUUUUUAGCUUCAGAUGACAUUAAGGCCCACCAGCCACCAGCACUCACAGAUUCUUCCAUUCUUCUCUGUUCUUCUGCCACUUCUGUCGGAUUAUUGGCUGUUUAAUUAAAACUGUUUAUUUAUAAAUAUCUGUAGAUUUCAGUUUAAUACAUCUAUUCAUAUUUUAUUCGGUCUUCCCAGUGGCCUUUUAUUUAUUAAUUUUCAUUCGAAUACAUUACGUUACUCAACCUCUAUACAGGCUGUCCCACGAAGAUACACCCCUUGAAUAUCUCAGGAGAUGAUUAAGAUAAUCAAAUUCUUUAUAUAUAUAUAUAUAUAUAUAUAUUACUCAUAGAGAAGAUGACUACAAAUAUAAAUAUUUGUAGUCCAGAAUUUAAUUAACUUUAUUAUCUCCGGAGAUUAUUUAAGGAGUGUAUCUUCGUGGGACAGCCAGUAUAGAGGUUGAGUAUAGCGUAAUGUAUUCGAAUGAAAAUUAAUAAAUAAAAGGCCACUGGGAAGACCGAAUAAAAUAUGAAUAGAUGUAUUAAACUGAAAUCUACAGAUAUUUAUAAAUAAACAGUUUUAAUUAAACAGCCAAUAAUCCGACAGAAGUGGCAGAAGAACAGCAUACACAUUAUGUACAAUGUACAUAAUGUGUAUGCUAAAUUGAGUAGCAAUUAUUUUACUAAAUGUUAGUUUAUUUUAUUAACUAUUAUUAUGUGCCAAUACAGACAAUCUCGACGCUAGGCGAAUAUGAAGGAACUUUAGUGGCCAGUUUAGGCGAUCCAGAAGUAGCCAGAUGGAUUCCGGUCGUGGUCGUAAAACCGUCAUCGCUUUCUUCGCCAACUACACCAUUAUCCGAUGACUUGUCAUGCCCAUCCAUUAUAAACGGUAUGCACGUACGAGUGUUUUACUCAUAUGUGGGUACAUUUGACAGUCCACAAGCUACUGUGAUCGGUAUGUUGGUAAAUUACACUACUUCGAAGAUCGCCGUGAAUCUUAAACAAGUAACGACGAAUGUACCGAUAAGAGCCAGCGUAGUUUUCGUGGACCUCACACGACCUCCCGUCAGGACAUUUGCAGAACCACCCACCUACGAGUUCCGAUUGCCAGAAGACUUUUACUAUCCGUUUUGGUCGUCCGACAAUGCAAGAUCGAUGGCAGCCACUGUUGGCAGCAGCAACACCGGCAACAGUGGACCUACUCUCAGAAAUCUAUGUUCCCGAGUAGAAUUUUCAAUUUUCUUACUCGUAAAUUCGUAUUUAUUGCAUACACUGUUGUAA